UUUACGAACAUUACCUAUCUGCUCAAUGCUACUAAAAACUCAGCAUUUCCAGGCUCUACGACUCUCGUAUAUGAAGCGUGCGUUAACAACAACCUAACCACUCAGUGUGAAUUUGAGUGGACAGAGGGGUCCAUCCACCCGUCUGUAGAGAAAUGGGGUCCUGGAGACGACGUGGUUUGCUCCUACGAACCCCGUUACCUUGACAACUCCAUGGUGACCUGGGAAAUGAAGAUUUCACAGCUGGUCAGUCGGUCACUCAGUGUCAUGCAGCUCCACCUGGAGAAUAAAACUCACAACAAGACAAAGAAGAUUAUACGGCGGCUCCAUAUUGAUAUUCUGUAUCCACCUCAGGUCACAAGUCUGACUGUAGACGGACAAGAGGUGAACGGGACUCAUCUCAUCAACGAUAGUCAGAAGGUGAACAUCUCUUGUUCCUUUGACAAAGGAAACCCGCCUGUCGCCUUCAGUCUGGUUGACAACAAAGGGACGGAACUUGUUACAGGUUCAGGUCCUCUGACCUAUUCACUUCUAGUGCACUGUGAAGAUGACUGGCCAACAGUUCGUUGUGAAGGGAAUGGGUCUGAGCAGAACAGAUCUGUGUCUUUUCUUGUCAAGUGUCCUCCCAAGUUUACUGAAAGCUUCGUGAAAAUCGUCAGUUCUUCAUCAUUGAAUAUCACAUUACCUGUCAAGUCUUACACAACAGAAUUCAAUAACUGUUGUUUGACAUCAGUGACAUUAGAAGGCAACGAAACAAUAACACUUAACUGCACACUUACCGGUCAUCCACCUGAUCUUACUCUCUCUUUCCAUCUUAACAAUCAAGACAGCAAAAUCCAAGGAAUUUGGAUGUUAACUCUUGUCAACAAGAAAGGUCCCGCAAACACCACUUUAAACUUUACUAACGAGUCAGAGAUGGGUUUCAAACAAGAAAGCGAAAAUCCAGGUAGGCAAAUUUGAAAGUUGUAUGUUUUAUAUAUCUGCACACCUGAUCCCAGUCCAUUCUGAAAGGCUGGAUGAGUGCCGAACAGUUUGAGUGACAAGUGCUCCAAACAGUAGAAAACAACAACCAAAAAACCCUUAAA